AAAUUUCGCACCAUAAUUCCUUCUAUAUAUACGGGGCCUCAUAUAUUCAACUUUGACGACGGCGAUUUCUCUCUCACCUCUGCAUCGCCUGCUGUAGAAAAUUUCAGCAAUGGCUUCUUCUCUAUCUCUCAGGUCAUUCUUUACUUGUAUCCCAACUGAUCUCACGGACCAUGGUUCUAUAACUGGGAAUUUCCCAGCGAGUUUUGGGUGCAGAAACACAUUGAUUACUAAGGGGAGUCUCUCAUUAUUUGCUAAGAACUUUGAAUUGAACUGCUCUAGAGACAAAGAGAUGGAUGUGACCACUUCGGCUUUGGUUGACAGUGUUGUUGAAUGCGUGGAUGAAAUGGAGCUUAAAGAGCCAAGUGUUUCGACAAUGGUGAUGAAUUUUGAGAACAAGUUUGAUCCUUAUGAUGCUGUGAGUGUACCUUUAUAUCAAACAGCCACGUUCAAGCAGCCUUCGGCCACUCAAAAUGGCCCUUAUGAUUAUACUAGAAGUGGGAAUCCCACCCGUGACGCGCUAGAAAGUCUCCUGGCAAAGCUUGAUAAAGCAGAUCGAGCAUUUUGCUUUACUAGUGGAAUGGCUGCUUUAGCUGCUGUCUCUCAUCUUGUUGGAACUGGUGAGGAAAUUGUUGCUGGAGAUGACAUAUAUGGUGGCUCUGAUCGAUUGCUGUCCCAAGUAAUUCCAAAGAAAGGAAUUGUGGUUAAGCGAGUGAAUACAACAGACUUAGAUGAGGUCGCAUCUGCAAUUGGCCCCUGGACAAAGCUUGUCUGGCUGGAGAGUCCAACUAACCCACGGCAACAAAUUUCUGAUAUUCGUAAAAUAGCAGAGAUGGCUCAUUCUCAUGGUGCUCUUCUGUUGGUGGACAAUAGCAUUAUGUCUCCUGUACUGUCUCAACCUUUGGAACUUGGAGCAGACAUUGUGAUGCACUCUGCUACAAAAUUUAUAGCUGGACAUAGUGACAUCAUGGCAGGUGUGCUUGCUGUGAAAGGGGAAAGCUUGGCAAAAGACUUGUAUUUCCUGCAAAAUGCAGAAGGCUCUGGGUUAGCUCCAUUUGACUGUUGGCUUGCUUUGCGAGGCAUUAAGACUAUGGCUUUACGUGUUGAGAAGCAACAGGAGAAUGCACAAAAGAUUGCUGAAUUUCUCUCAUCCCAUCCGCUGGUGAAGAAGGUUAAUUAUGCCGGUCUUCCUGGUCAUCCUGGACGCAAGUUGCACUAUUCUCAGGCAAAGGGUGCAGGAUCCGUACUUAGUUUCUUGACAGGGUCAUUGGCACUAUCGAAACAUAUUGUUGAGACUACCAAGUACUUCAGCAUAACUGUCAGUUUUGGGAGUGUAAAGUCUCUCAUAAGCAUGCCCUGCUUUAUGUCCCAUGCAAGCAUACCUGCUGCAGUGCGCGAGGCCAGAGGUCUAACUGAGGAUCUUGUUCGUAUUUCUGUGGGAAUUGAAGAUGUGAAUGACCUGAUUGCUGAUUUAAACAAUGCGUUUAGCACUGGGCCCUGUGCAAGUGCUUGAAGAUGACUGACCCUGAGGGCAGUUUUUACUUUAUUAAGAUAGCAAUCUUGCAGUGACUUGAAAUGUGAAUGGGUUGGUCAUAUGAAAAUUUGAUAGUUAUUAGUCAAGUGUUCUGAGAGAGUGAAUAUUUGCAGCCCAAAUCAAGUUUGGAUUUUGAAUUUGUUUCAGCUCACAUAAUGAAUUCUGAGAUUCAUUCUUUGUCUGAAAAUA